AUGGUGAACAUCGUGAAGGUCGCGCCCAUCGCGAUCGGCGCCGCGGUCGCCGCGCGCGCCAUCAUCCGACGCGGCAGAGGCGGCGCCCGCGCAGCCUCGGCCUCCGCGUCUCCCCCGGUCCCGCCCGUGGCUAAGCGCGUCCCGCAUAAGGUCCUCUUCGGCGUCGUCGAAGGCGAGAACCGCGGCGCGAAGCCCAUGGACCCCCCCGUCGAGCGCAACGACGACCUCUUCUGGCUCCGCGACGACGACCGGAAAGAUCCGUCGAUCGUCGCGCACCUCGAGGCUGAGAACGCGUACACCGAGGCGCACCUCGCGCACGCGCAGCCGCUGGCGAAGAAGGUGUACGAUGAAAUCGUCGGAAGCAUCCAGGAGACCGACGACGACGUUCCGUUUCCCUGGGGAGACAAGGGCCACACCUACAUGGUCCGAACGGUGAAAGGCAAAGCCUACCCCAUCGUCGUCAGGACUCUGAACGAUAAAGACUGGGAGACCGUGCUGGACGUCAACGAGGUCGCCGCGCCGCUCAAGUACUGUUCCGUGGGCGCGUUUAGACCCGACCCGUCGCACGAUAUCCUCGCGUACUCCAUCGAUCCGUCAGGCUACGAGACGUACGAAGUGCGUUUCAAGGACCUCGUCACCGGAGAGGACAUGCCGGAUGUGAUCAAAGGCACCGCCGGCGGCGUCAGCUGGGGCCACUGCGACGCCUCCACCGGCCACAGGGAGGUGUACUACUCCACGCAGGACGACGCACACAGGCCGGAUAAGGUUUGGCGCCACGUCAUCGGCACUGACCAAUCCGCGGACACGUGCGUCCUGCACGAACCCGACGAGCUGUUCAACGUCGGCUUCGGCAGGACGAGCUCGGGCCGGUUCAUGCUGAUCGAGUCGGAGAGCACGGAGACCAACGAGGUGCACUACGUCGACAUCACCGCCGGCCCUGGCGCCAAUCAGUCGCUCGCCCUGAUGCAACCGCGGCGCAUGGGCCACAGGUAUUACCCCGAGCACAGGGGCGACCACUGGUUCAUCCUGACGAACCGAGACGGCAAGAUAAACUUUGACCUGGUCCGCGCGCGGUUAACUUUGCCGUCGGAGGAUCACUGGCAGACCGUGCCGGGCGCGCCGGGCGGCGGCGGCGAAGGAUGCGACGGCGUCGGCGGCGGCGACGGGCGCCCGUUCCAGUGGUCGGAGGGCAGGACCCUCGAGUCCAUGUGCGCGUUUAAGGACUUCCUCGUGCUGGAGGGCCGGGAAGGCGGGUUCAGCGCCGCGUGGGUGCUCCGCCUGACUGAGCACCCCGCGGACUCGGAGAUUGACGACGGCGACGCGCACGCGUGUAUCGCGUCGUGGCAUAAAACCUCUUGGCCGUCGCAGAACUGCUGCGUGUACACGUCGGUCGCGAGCUCCAACCUCUCGUGCGUGGGCGCCAACCAGGUAUUCGACACCGACGUCGUCAUGUUCUCCUAUCAAUCGCUCACGACGCCCAAGACGGUGUACGCGUACGACAUGCGAACGGCCAAGUCUAAGAUCGUGAAGCCCACGCCGGUGAGAGGGUACAACGCGGAUCGGUACGCGACGACGCGGAUGGAGGUGACGGUGCGCGACGGGACCAAGGUUCCCGUGUCAAUCGCUUGGCGCAAAGACGCGAAGACGCCAAAGGGACCCAUGCUCCUGUCCGGAUACGGAUCUUACGGCGUCAGCAACGACCCGACGUUCUCGCGGGAGGACGUGCCCCUGAUGGACCGCGGCGUCGUGAUGGCCGUGGCGCACAUACGCGGCGGCGGCGAGAUGGGCCGGCACUGGUACGAAAAAGAGGGCAAGUACCUCACGAAGAAGAACACGUUCAACGACUUUGUCGACGUCGCCGAGCAUCUGGUCGCCACCGGCUGGACCUCCACGUCAAAACUCGCCAUCUCCGGCCGAAGCGCGGGCGGGUUACUCAUGGGUAACGCCGUGAACAUGCGACCGGAGCUGUUCAAGUGCGUCGUCGCGGCUGUUCCUUUCGUGGACAUGAUUGUCAGCAUGUGCGACCCGUCUAUUCCUCUGACCACGGGCGAGUGGGAGGAAUGGGGUAAUCCGAAUGAAGAGGAGUACUACGAGUACAUGCUGAGCUACGGGCCAAUGGAAAACAUCAAGAAAGGUCCCAAACCCGAGGUGCUAAUCACCGCGGGUCUUCACGACCCGCGCGUGGCGUAUUGGGAAGCGGCCAAGUACGCCGCAAGGCUGAGGGCGGCUAACGAAACAAAGGAUUCGAGGAUUUUGCUCAAGACGGACCUGGCGGCUGGGCACUUCAGCGCGUCGGACAGGUACCAGCUUUACAAGGAGCGCGCGUACGAGCACGCCUUCGUUUUGGACUCGCUCGGGCUGUCCAACGCGAAGCCGGGGUGGGCCAAGUGA